CAGACGCCGGUAGAUGUCCGACGUCCCGGUGACGUCAGAGUGGUGUCUCUCGUGCAGUGAUUCUAGAACUAUGAAGCUCGUUGCUCUCGUGGGUCUGUGUCUCGUGACUCGGUGUGGAAUAACGGCUGCUGGUGUAAACGGACCAGGAGUCAUCAACGUGGCCGUGGAAGAAGGAAGUGAUGUCGUUUUACUCUGUUCCCUCAGCACCAAGGACGACAUCGAGAAAAUGGUGUUUGACUGGAAGAAAGAUGGUCAGAAGGAGAAGGAGGUGUUCUUUUAUCAGGCAGGCAAACAUUACAAUAACGGCCGAGGAGGUCAGAGCGAGCAGUUCAAAGGUCGCGUGUCUCAUUUUCAAGAUGAACUCAAGUACGGCAACGCCUCCAUAAAGCUCCAAAAAACAAAGAUGUCUGACAGCGGAAACUACACCUGUACGUUCCCAAACAAACAAACAUCCCACAUUACGCUUGUUGUAGCUUAGAAUGAGUCCUUCAUAUCUACAGAGGGAGCUGGUCCUCUUCACAGAGUCCUCCAUGUUGUUCCUCCAUGUUUCUACAGUAGUCAGUGAUCAACCUCCAGCUCUGAGAAAUGAAGUCAACGCUGAAGUGUCUUAAAC